UUCCACUUUCAAACAAUAAUCUGUUGUACACCUGGAAUGAUACUCAUAUCCUGAUUUAUUUUAUGGCUUAAUCUCACUUAUUUUAUAAAGCAGAUCAAGAUUUCAACGCCCCCUUAAGGUUUCCACCCUAGGCAGGGGCUAACCUGGCCAACAGUACGCUACCGGUCUGGAUAUAAUAAACGCCACUUACGUCUCGCUUUGCGUUUAAAAAACGCACUGCAAAUCGACACAAUGAACGAUCGUAGUAACCACGAUGAACAAAAUGCACAGAACCCACCCAAGUGUCAAGCAAUCACAGAGCAAAUGUCCUACUUGGAGCUCUCCUGGCCGGAAGAUGCCCAGCACGUGAUCUUCCGUGAUCAGGGAAGUCACUAUAUCCGGCAGGGACGCUACCGCGCGGCCACCAUCAAGCUGGGUGAAGCCGUUUCGGUCAACCCGAGGGCGAUAGACUGUCACUUUCGGAAGAGUGUUGCUCACUUCAAAAAUUCGGAUUUGAAAGAUUCGUUGAUCAGUACCCGCAAGGGACUCGCCGUUGAAAGAGAUGAAUCCGAUCCCCGAGGAAUGGAUUUCCCCUGUUCGCUGCAGGAAUGCCGAGCGUUGUUCGAGUUGGAUGAAUUUGAGGAACAUGUGAAGGUAGCUUCGAACAAAAAACGGCACUUUGUUGGACAUAGGCUGAAUGACAUGGAAGAAGAGAUCCGAUUAGGCAUUCGGAAUUACGAGAAUAUUUUAGGCGAACAGGCCGGACCCUGUUUGUACCGGCAUCGCCAUCGGCUCAGGAAGAUCGCCGCCGAGCGUGAACUUAACCGGGUAGAUACGAGACCAGGCUGGAAAGUUAAACGUGACCGGGGUGAGUGCGAUGCGGUCAGUGUGGCCGAGUUGGUCAUUAAACAUCCACACGUCAGAGAAAAGAAACGUCAGGAGAAAAAUCUCAAGAUGCUGGGACAAAUUUAUCUGAACCGGGGAUGGAAGGAUCUGCUAUUUCUGAGAUCGCUGCAAAAAGAUGGAGCAUGGGAGAAGGUCGUUAAUCUACCUCAGGCGAAGGAGAGCUCUAAGGCUUUGUCGGACACUAUUGAGAAGUGUUACAAGAGAGUUGAUGCGGCUCUUGUAAGUUUACAAUCCGGAACUCCACAUUCCACUUACCGUACGAAUCGAUUCGGUUCCACGGAGAAGGCCGAUUCGCACGAGAUGAGCAACAUUCUGAAACACCGUUACACAACCUACCGAGAUGCAAAUAACCAGCUGAAAUACAUGCUGGAACUUCGUAGCCGUAAUCAACUCCGAGAGUUAUUGCAAUACAUUGGUGACACACUUUGGAACUAUUACCAAAUCAAAACCGUACGUGUGUUUCCCGAUCGCUACAAGUUCGUCAACGAAGUCUGUAAUCUAGCAGGGCUUGCCAUUGUGGACAGCUUCCAGGUUCCCCCCACAUUGAUGGACGAACCGCUCAAAGAUAGACUGCUACUGCUGUUCAAUUUGCCGCUGAUCAGAGAAGAGGAAGUUGUUGUGCCAAUUUUUGGCGACAAGUCCACCUACCGGGAUCCGGCCGCUCCCGAUUACGGAUAUAUCGCUUAUAAGAACCGCAUUACGAUUCUGGAAAAACGAAUACCCUACUCUAGUUAUGCAAUCGAGAGAGCAUUUCUGUAUCACGAAAUGUGUCGUCACCAUCUGGCAGCUAGCAAACUGGACGAGACACGCAUCAUUGCUCGGCGGGUGAUCGACGAGGCGACGGAGAGCGGAAGUAAUCUAUGGAAGUUUCUGGGCAUCUUGGCACUUGUGCGGGCAGACUGUAUACAGAUGAAUUUGGAAAAGUUGACUGAAUCUCUGGAAGAAACGAAAGAGCCUUUGCUAGCGCUAGCCGAUGAACGACUUGAUCAUGUUAUUCAAGUUGCAAAGGUGAUCAAUAACCAGCUGAUGACGGAGAAAACAGAUAAAAGACCCUCCGUUGAAAUGGCUCGCGUGCAACUGAGCUGAAGUGAGCGAAAUUGCUAAGCUUACAAAUUACCGGAAGUGAGUAAAUUUCAGCCCAACUGUGGUAACUAUGGGAGGUACACAUUUUAGAUUCUUAUUUUUUUGACAACAAUAAAC